AUGAGGCAGAACGAUUUGAGGGUUUGUUAUUCUCCAAACAAUGGUUUGCAAAUAAUUAUUAAAGAUCUUAUAAAAUUUACAAAAAAAUCAAUUAUUGAAAUUCUUGAUUCCGAUUUGCCGAUCCCAACCAAAGAGGAGAGAAAUUGGAUUGGUGGUUGUUUUAAAAGAACCAUACCUGCAAAGAUAUGUUCCUAUCGAUCAAUAAGAGUUCUACAACAACGAGAACAGAAUGCCUCUUCUUCUCCUCAUCAUAGACAAUUAAUUGAUGAUUAUUUAUUCAAAAUUGCAAAAGAAAUUAUUGAUGAUUCAACGGAAAUGAUUGGAUUAAUAGAUGAAAUAUUAAAGAGGGAUUUAUUGGAUGAUGAGGAUCGUUUAUAUUAUUGCCACCUUAAAGGAGAUUACUACAAAAUGUUGUUUGCUAUUGAUGGGGAACAAGACAAGUGGAAGUUGUUGUAUUGUCAGAGUUUUGAGGAUGGUAGAGAUUCGUUGGAGAAGGUAUCUCCUCUUAAUGUUAUUGGAUUGAGGACGUCUCUUGCUGCCUCUGUAUUCUACUAUGAAGUGAUGAAUGAUCAGGAAAAAGCAGUUGAAAUUGCAAAAUCAGCAUUCAACGCUGCUGUUCCUUUAUUUGAUGAAUUGGAUGAGGAAGUUACCAGUGAAAUUUUGAUGUUACUGCAAAUGUUGAGGGAUAACUUGACGCUGUGGACUUUUUCAGAAGAGCCAGAUGAAGAAGAUUAA